UUAGACUGGAUUUUUAUAUUUUAUAAAAUAAAUACUAUGCUCUUUCACCAAACAAUUCUUCAACGUUAAAUAUUCUUGACGGUUUGGUUCUGAAACUAUGAUUCUCUUUUAGAUUUUGGUUUUCUUGAUUUCUGACCAAAAACUAAAAGAGAAUAUGUGAGCCUGAGAAAAAAAUUUCAGUUUCUUCUCCCAUUUUAUUGCUAUUUUUUAUGUUUGAUUUGCUGAGGUUUCAGCAAAUUUUUGUAUGUUCUUUAAGUUUUUCUUCUUUUAUCUGCCUAUCUUUAUCUGUGUUUGAAUCUUGAUCAAUUAAUUUUCUUUGAUCAUUUGUUGUUAGAAUCCAAAUACGUGAGCAAGAGAAAAAGAUUUGGGAAAUAAGUAAAGAUUGGAUUUUUAUGGGAAAUAUCUAAAGAUUUGGUUGAGGGGAUCAAUGAAUUGUAGCAUAUGAGCUAAAAAAUACAAUCUUGGUGAAUUGGGUUUGUUAUUUGUGGGAAGCUUUGUUAGAUUUUCUUGUAUGUAUUGACAUUAGAUGAUUUAAACGGAGUCACGUGGUUAGUGAGGAUUCAUAUAGCUGACUUCGAAUUGUUUAGGACAGAGGCGUAGUUGUUGUUAUAAGAGAAUGAGUACUAUGGGGAGGAUAGGUAGUUACAUAGGUAGAGGGGUACGUAGUGUUUCCGGGACGUUAAAUCCGUUUGGUGGUGCUGUGGAUAUCAUUGUGGUGAGGCAGCCAGAUGGGAGUUUGAAAUCGACUCCUUGGUAUGUUCGAUUUGGGAAGAUUCAGGGGGUUUUGAAGGCUAGAGAAAAUGCAGUUAAUGUAAGUGUCAAUGGCGUUGAAGCUGGUUUUCGUAUGAAUUUAGAUAAUAGAGGGCAGGCAUACUUCCUAAGGGAGCGGGACAUGGAAAAUGUAUAUUCUUUAACAACUCGAACAUCUGAACAACUUGCAACAUUGAAUCUGAAGGAGGGAAAGAAUGUGGUUGUAUUCACGUGCUCGAAACAGCAGGUUGAUGCACGUAUAUAUUUGUGGAGAUGGGACGCAAAUAUUGUAAUCUCGGAUGUUGAUGGAACAAUUACUAGGUAAAAUCAAUUCCUUUUCUAGUAUAGA